AUGAAAUCAACAACAUCAUCUGCCUCUUCUGCACCUGCCUCCAAGAAACUAUCGCAAUUCAUAUUCACAGACCCCAUAUCAAAACCGCUCCCAAAAAGACAGCAGGUCUCCAGGGCGUGUGAUUGGUGUCGCAGUCUCCGCGUCAAAUGCGAUAAUCGCUAUCCGUGUAGGAAUUGCCAGACUAAAGGGCGGACGUGUAAUAUUAGAGGCGCGAAUGCAGCGCAGACAUGUAAUGCGGCUAUUAGUCGCAUUGCUGUCCUGCAAGAUCGGAUCAGAGAUCUUGAGCAACAGGUUGAGAUAGCGAAGGCGAAGAUUCAGGAUGAUGACGAUGAUGAUGAUGAUGAUGUCGUCGGUACUCUUAUCAAUGAUGCCGCCGAUGGCGGAAAUCAUAAGACAGAGGUGAAAUCUGAGCCAUUGCCAUCUGCGUCUCCGCAUUUAGAUCAGGUGCAACGGUUUGGCGAACAGAGGCGCUCAAAACAUUUAGAGUCUAUUCACAUACAAACAGUCCAUCCCCACCAGCGACACUGUUACGGCCGCUCUUCUUCAUUCUAUUUUAUCGGUCGACUUAGCUCGUAUCUUGGACUACCGCCUUGUCAACUCACCUCCGACGGACUGAUGCAGAUGGAUCCGGAAGCCCAGUCGUUGAAAAACUCCCUCAAUUCAGACGUAUCACUGACUGAAUUAUACUUAUCAAAAUCCCAGGAGGAAUAUUUCCUACACUUAUUUUUUCCGUCCUACAACGUCUAUUAUCCGAUUAUAGACCUUGCCGAAUUCAUGCAACACUACCAGUCGUUAUGGACGUCCCCAACAUCGAGAAGAUCAUCUGCGCUUGUUGAUAUUGUACUUGCUUUGUCGAUGCAGUAUGCCGAUGCCCUCAUGCCACGCGACUAUGCAGCUUUACGAAAUAACAUAGAAGGAAUCGUCAAUAUCGACGCGGCCAUCGCAGGCCGAAAGUUUUACCGGCGCUGUCAGCUCUUAUUGACGGACGAGCUUGAAGGCCCAUCCAUCACAACAUUGCAAUGCCAUUUCUUCUCCGUUAUCUACCUUUCAAAUGCAUCUUUCCAUAACGCUGCGCAUAGCCAUUUGGCAAUGGCGGUUCGAACUGGAACUAUAUUAGGUCUUCAUUGGCAUCCACCGGGAAAAGUGUCGGAUCAGCAGGCCGAGUUUCGCAAGAGGCUAUGGUGGACAGUCUACGCGUUGGAGAUAAAGAUGACAUUAGAGCUUGGUCGGCCCCUGGCGCUCACCAUGUCUCAGAUACCCUGUCCACCUCCUGAUCGUCAUCAGGAUGAUCCAUAUACGCACCAAGGCACGAACAGGUUUACGGCAAACAGACAUUUUAUUCAGCUCAUGCUCGGCGGUCGAGUGGUCUAUGCUACGUUUCAAAGAAAGUGUUCCGAGGCCCUUGGUCACGACCACAACAACAAUAGUAGUAGUAGUAUCUAUAACAACCCUGCAGCGUUGGAAAUAGUAGCAGAAGCAGUCUCAGCAGCAGCAGCCCAGCACUUUCACGCAUGGCAACGAGAACUCCCCGAACCAUUGAAAACGAAACGACUCAACAGCGGCGAACCACUAUCAACGGAUCGAUCGGCGCUCAAUCUCAAGGAGAGUGUACCAUUAGGCAUGAGUCGACAACGACUGUUCCUCGAAUUACUCUAUCAUAGUGUUUCCAUGAAUAUAUAUCGCGCUUUUAUCUGUUUUGAUUCUUUUCAACAGAAGAACAACACACCACUUGCAGAUGGAAAUGCCGUUUUGAGCGUGAAUCAUGCCAUUACAAUAACGAAUAUCGUGUACCAAGUUCUGAAGGAAUCGAAUUUUCUGGCCGGAUUUCAUGAGACGUUCCAAUGGCAAUGGAACGCUACACUCACAUUGAUAGGAUUCAUCGUCGUGUUUCCGAAUGGACCCCUAACGAUCCCGGCGAGGGAUGCAUUGGUUACGGCGAUUGAGGUUUUUGAUAUUAUCGGUAAAUAUAUUGGUAUUGCCUGCAGCGCGGCUAGUGUUGCGCGGGACCUGUUUGCGAGGAUAGAGCCUUUGAUUUCUCCGUCAUCAUCUGCCCACGGCAACAGCCAUCAAGAUUCAAUUGGGAUUCACUCUUUUGUCUCCACUGGUAUGCAAGAUGCGUCAAACUCGUCGUUUUCGCCGCAUUCCGUUGGGAAUACGCAGUUCAAUGGCUCGGAUCAGAGCUAUGGAAGUUUGGGGCAUGCGUCGAAUGCAUGGAGCUACAAAAAUCCCGCUGAAUUCGUGUCUUUGUGGACGAGUUAUCCCAUUGAAGAGGAAUAUGUGGACAAUGGAUUUGAAUUUGGAAUCUGA